ACAACUUUCUAGUUUUAUUUUGAGUUUUGUUUCUGGAUAUCUAUAUAGCAUGCCUAAAGAUGUUCAAUAGUGAACAGCAGCAAGGCGUGUUUACUCCUAGCAUGGACCCAAGAAUCUCCUUCUCCAACGAUUUUGCAGACCCUCAUCAAGGGAUCAAAUAUGAGAGCAACUAUAGGGAAGCUCCUGUCUCUUCUGACUUCGAAUUCUCUGUGAAAAACUAUGCCAUGAUUCCUGCAGAUGAGAUCUUCUUCAAGGGUAUGUUAUUGCCUUUGAAAGGUAAUAAUGGAAUUGAGCAAGGCAGCAAGCUGACUCUGCGAGAUACACUGCUUGUAGAUGAUGAUGAUGAUGAUGAUGGCUUUGAGGACUCACUCCCAAGGGUGCAAAAGGGUUCGGGCUGGUGGAAAGAGCGGUUGGGGCUCAAAAGGACUAACAUAGCAUCAAAAAAAGAGGAUAGGAUUGACCCAAUUCUUGAGAAUGUAGUUGAAGAGAAAAGUCCUACGUUUGUCCAUGACGAAGAUCUUAUCAGCAAAAAGACAUAGAUGCCUUUGCAACAGUUGGAAAAGUCUUGAAGACGUGUUUUCUAUUUCUUUGUUGGUUUACUUUUACAGGGCAGAGGUCUUUGAAUCAAGAAGACAGCAUCAUGAAGCUAGAGAGAUGAUGUAAUUGGCAUAUUUAGGGGGAGGGGAAUGUCCUUUUCUAACUGUAUAGGGUAUAACACAUGAAGAAGAAGCGUUGGCCUUUGAAUUUUGAACAGGAAAAUCCCUUGCACUUUUAGUCUUAGAAGAUAGCUCUCCUUCUGUUUAGUUCUUUUGUUUACCUUGGCUCCUUUUAUUUUUUUGGGUUCAGUCUACUCUGCAGAAACGCCCUUUCCCCUACUGAAUUCCCCCCGGAGGAAGUAGAAAAGCAUUUCUUCUUUUUUUUGUUUGUUUGUUUGUUUUUUUUUUGGUUCUGUAUAAAUGUCUGCAUCUAGGGAUCUUCACUUGUGAUCCAUGUACUCUAUUCGUUUGUUUCUGUAAUUUUCAUUUUUCGGAUUUUUUUUUUCGAAUUUAGUUCAUCUAUUGGUCUUGAACCACACUUCUUUACUGUCCCUUUUUUUUUUAAAUAAAAAAAAGGUAUCUUUGUUGUAGUAAAAUUCAAUGAAAACUACCAUUUAAUUGGUGCAGGUGGCUGAAUCCAU